ACCUCUACCACCAGGACAGAAUGGCAGCUAAUAAAGAAGACUCUGACAUUGACGAUAUUCUUACCAACGAGGAGGAGCUCGAGAAGGCUUUGUGUGUGCUGGCUGGAAGCGACCCAGAAAACUGCUCUUAUUCUCGGGGCUAUGUGAAAAGACAGGCCGUGUUUGCCUGCAACACCUGCACUCCCAGUGCAGCAGAGCCUGCUGGGGUUUGUCUGGCCUGUGCCAAUAAAUGCCACGAUGGACAUGAUAUCUUUGAACUGUACACCAAAAGAAAUUUUCGCUGUGACUGUGGAAAUAGCAAGUUUGGGGAAUUCAAGUGCCAGCUAAGUCCUGCCAAAGAUGAGAAAAACGUUAGAAAUCACUACAAUCACAACUUUAAUGGCUGCUACUGCACGUGUGAUCGGCCGUAUCCAGAUACAGACGAUCAGUCCAACGAUGAGAUGAUUCAGUGUGUCAUCUGUGAGGAUUGGUUUCAUAGCAGGCAUCUGGGCUGCACUACGGUAGAUCCUGAGGAGCUGCAAGAGAUGACAUGUGAGGCCUGCAUGAACAAAGUUCCUGUCUUGUGGACAUAUGCUACUUACUUUGCAGUACCACCUGUGAUCAGCAUCAGUGAUCCUGAGGAAGAGGUAGAAGUUGAGGAAGGGGCAGAAAUGGAAGAAGACCCUGAGUCCAGUAAAAGUAGAGAUGAGGAACCAUCCACCAGUGUUGAGCACACAAAGCAGGAGAAAGCGGCAAGCAGGAGUUCCCCUUGCAAACGGACCCACGAGGAGAUGACAGCCACCCCUGAAAAGACCAUGACCAAAACUGUUGUGUGCAGGCUUAAGGAGCUGGAGGCCAAAGGGCUGGAGAGGCUAAGACAGGGAGCGGUGUUCUGGCCUUACAGUUGGCGCUCCAAGCUCUGCACCUGCAUGAGCUGUAAGAGGAUCUAUGUGGCUGCCGAGGUGCAGUUUCUUAUGGAUCAGUCCGACACCAUUCUGGCAUACGAGAACAAAGGCUUGGAUGAACCAUUUGGGCAGCACCCACUGAUGGCACUGACAAGCUCAAUGGACCGUAUACAGCAGCUGGAGGUCAUUUACGGUUUCAACGAGCUGUCAACUUCGAUGACUGCAUUUUUAGACCAGUGUGUUGCUGAAGGAAAGACGGUCACAGUCGAAGCUGUACAUCAGUUCUUUGAGGAGCUGCGGGCUAGAAAAAGGCGAAGGACCAAUGCAGGAUACCAGUAACAAGGCCAUGCUGCUAUCAUAUGCCUGGUUCAUCUGGUGCUUUAAAUGAAUGUAAAACUUGGAAGACCCUUUUUUUCUUUGUUGAACAAAAGUGGCUUCUUGCUGCAUCCAAUGUGAUCCUAAAGCUUGAACAAUUA